UAUAAUAUCAGUAAUAUCCAUCAAUAUUUGAUCCCUUUACAUCCCUACCAGGCGUGAGACCGGUGAAACCAAGCUUGAGCAGAGUUUGCAGAGGUCAUUCCACGCGCAGGGCAAGCUUGUUAGUCUCCGCAAAGUCAAGCCUCAAAACAGCGUGCGGGUCCAGCCGCUGUCACGAUUCACGACUAGUAGUUCCUCCAGCAUGAAGAAAUCAGCAAACGCGAAAUGUCCUUGGCUAAUACAGCAUCAGCAAACGCCAAUAUUAAUUCCUCACUUGCUACAGAGCUCCCCCGGUUGAAGACGGAUCGAGAUCCUCUGCGCAACCAUGGAGGCCAUCCACCUCGCCUACGUGCUCGUCUUCGCCCUCCUCGCUGUCUUCGUCCUCCAACUCCGGCGCCGCGGGGCCUCUCCGGCCGAGCAGCCGGCAAGGGCGACGACGGCCCACUGCCCGUACCCGAACCCGGUCCUGGGCAACACCCUCGAGUUCAUCCGCAACCGCCGCCGCUUCUUCGACUGGUACGCGGACCUGCUCCGCGCGGCGCCCACCGGCGCCAUCGAGGCGUGGGGGCCCUUCGGCUCGGGCCGCGCCGUGACCGCCGCGACCCCGGCCGACGUCGACCACCUCCUGCGCGCCGGCUUCGCGGGCUACGUUAAAGGCGCGCGCUUCCGCGAGGCCACCGCCGACCUCAUCGGCGACGGGCUCUUCGCCGCCGACGGCCGGCUAUGGAGCCUGCAGCGGAAGCUGGCGUCGCACGCCUUCUCGUCCCGCUCGCUCCGCCGCUUCGCCGACGGCGUCCUUGCGGUCCACCUCCGGCGCGGGCUCCUGCCGUCCCUCGACGACGCCGCCGAGGCGGGGCGGGCCGUCGACCUGCAGGCCGCGCUGCGCCGGUUCGGCUUCGGCACCAUCUGCCACGUCGCGUUCGGCGUCGAGGUCGCGCACGGGGACGGGCAGGAGGCGCUCUUCGCGGCGUUCGACGCCGCCCUCGAGAUCUCCUUCCGGCGCGCGCUCACGCCGGCCACGUGGGUGCGGCGCCUCACCAAGCUCCUCGACGUCGGCAGGUCGCGGCGGCUCAGGGAGGCCGUCGGCGUCAUCGACGGCUACGCCAUGUCCGUCGUCGAGGCGAAGGAGGAGGCGCGCCGGAGGAACGGCGGCCUCGACGACGGGGACGCCGACCUAUUGUCGCGGUUCAUGGCGGCCAUGGACGGGGAGGACGGCGGCAAGCUCGGCGCCAUGUUCCCCACGCCGGCGGCCAAGCGCCGGUUCCUGCGGGACGUGGUCGUCACCUUCGUCCUCGCCGGGAAGGACACGACCUCGUCGGCGCUGACCUGGUUCUUCUGGCUCCUCGCCGCGAACCCUCACUGUGAGCGGCGCGCCCGCGAGGAGGCCGCGACCGGUGGCGGCGGCGCCAAGGGGAUGCACUACCUGCACGCCGCCAUCACCGAGGCGAUGCGGCUGUACCCGCCGGUGCCGUUCAACGGGCGGGUCGCGGCGCGCGACGACGAGCUGCCGAGCGGCGCGGCGGUGCGCGCGGGGUGGCACGCGAACUACUCGGCGUACGCGAUGGGGCGGAUGAGGACGCUGUGGGGCGAGGACUGCAUGGAGUUCGUGCCGGAGCGGUGGCUCGGCGACGGCGGCGAGUUCGUGCCCGUCGACGCGGCGCGGUACCCGGUGUUCCACGCCGGCCCGCGGGUGUGCCUCGGGAAGGAGAUGGCGUACGUGCACAUGAAGACGGUCGCGGCGGCCGUGCUCCGGAGGUUUAGGGUGGACGUGGUGGCGCCGCUGGCCAGCAUGGAGGCGCCGCCGGCCUACGAGAUGACGGCGACGAUGAAGAUGAAGGACGGGCUGUGGGUGCGGCUCUGCAGGCUGGAAGAAUCAGCUGAGUGACGAGAGGAGACUUUGACUGCAAGUCUGCAAGUCAGCUCAGGGGACAAACAAGGACCGGGACACCCUGUUCUGUUCUCAUUAGCACCAUACUUCAACCGAAAAUUACUCCACUAAAAUUGUACUUAUGUUGUAAAAAUUAAAACCAUAUGUAUUUCAAAAUUUGUAUAUAAUAAUAUUAUUUAGUUUUAAAUUUUUGACA